AAGUAAGUAGUUUUUAGUAAGUGACGGAAAAGGAAAAAAAAUUAUAAUAAAAAACCUAAAAAAUUGUUAUAAAUUUAUCUGUUUCAGACAAAAAAGCGAAGCUGAGUUUCAAAACUUCGAAGACAACGCCGAUUCGUUCCUCAGUUUCGUCAUUUUUUCUUCAUUCAUGAUCAAUUGCAACACUCUUCUUCACUCUUCAAAGUCUACGCGUUGAUGCACAGGUUUUUGAGGGAUUGCUGAUUGGUGUGUGUAAAAUGUGCUGAACAGUGUUGUCUCUGAGUGUUGAGCUGCGAAAGGUUGAGAAGUGUGAACAUGGAUAUGGCUUGUAGGUUGCCACAGUCAAGAAUGUCACAUGGAGGUGUGGGGACAAGUCUCAGACACAAACCAGUAGGUCGUUUUGAUUUUAGAGGGAGAGGUUUUGGCUGUGCAUUUCUUGGCAACUCGAGAAGUGUGUCGAGGAGGUCGUGUUUUAGUGGGAUGAACAAAGUCAGUGGUGUCUCUGCUUGUUGGAAUAACUCAAGAGUUGUUUCUGGUGGUCAGUUUAAAGUUUUGAAUAUGAAGAGAAGUUUGUCUUGUAAGAAUAGAAAUCUUUUUUUGGGGUCUAGAGUCAUUUGGUCGAAGUGUCAGGGUAAUGAUUCUUUAGCUUAUGUUAAUGGCAAUGGCCGGAAUGUUGAUUGUGUGGAAGAUUCAAGUGAGGAUGCAGGGUUGGGGCCCAUUUCUAGUGCUGAACUGGAUGCACCUUUGGAGGAAGAAGAAGAAGGGGAAGCCAGGAGGAAAGAAGGAGGGAGUGAAAUAGGAAUAGAGGAACGAAGUGUGGAUGAACUGAAAGAACUAUUGCAAAAGGCCUUGAAGGAGCUAGAAGUUGCACAAAUAAAUAGCACCAUGUUUGAGGAAAAGGUUAAAAAAAUAUCAGAGACUGCCAUUUUUUUGCACGAUGAGGCAGCACGUGCUUGGAACGAUGUUAAUUCUACCCUUGACACCAUCCAAGAAAUUGCUAACGAAGAACAUAUGGCCAAAGAAGCUGUCCAAAAAGCAGCAAUGGCUCUUUCGUUAGCUGAGGCAAGGGUUCAAGUAGCCGUAGAAUCUCUGGAUGUUGCAAGAGAGGCACCUGAUUCGGCACAAGGUUUUAAUGAGAGCAAUGAUGACAAGGACAUAAUGGAAGAGGAGAAAACAGUAUUGGUUGGUCAAGAAGAAAUCAAGGAAUGCCAGGCAAAUUUAGCCAAUUGUGAGGCAGAACUGAGGCGCUUGCAAAAUAGAAAGGAGGAGUUGCAGAAGGAAGUGAAUAAAUUGCAUGUAAUUGCCGAAAAGGCACAGCUGAGUGCAGUGAAAGCUGAGGAGGAUGUUUCAAAUAUAAUGCUUUUAGCGGAGCAAGCUGUUGCCUUUGAACUUGAGGCUACACAAAGUGUUAAUGAUGCAGAGAUUGCCUUACAGCGAGCAGAAAAGUCUGUUUUUAAUUUGAAUGCCGAUACUAUGGAAACUAUACAAGUACAAGAUGUUGUGGCUGUUCCUGAGGAGGAAAAAGUGGUUCAAGGUUUUUCUGGUGAUGUCACUGUUGAAAGAGACAGAGAUUUGGCAAUUGAUGAUGAAUCUUUGCUUGCCAAGUUAUCAUCUGAAACACUAUCUGAUAGAACCAGCCAAGUUUUGGAAGACAUAACACAGUCUGAUUAUUUAAGUGAUAAUGAGAAUUCUGUUCAAACAAAAAAGCAGGAGGCACAGAAAGAUUUGACUAGAGAUAGUUCACCCUUUGCUCCCAAGGCAUUACUGAAAAAGUCUUCCCGAUUUUUUUCUGCAUCAUUCUUCUCUUUUACUGAAGAUGGGACUGACUUCACACCUGCAUCAGUUUUCCAGAGCCUCGUGUUAUCUGCACAGAAGCAGUUGCCCAAGCUGAUUCUUGGGUUAUUGCUAAUGGGAGCAGGGGUUGCCUUCUAUGCUAAUAGAACAGAGAGGAAUGGUCAGCUGCUUCAACAGACAGAUGUUAUUGUGACCAGUGUUGAAGAAGUUUCCUCUAGUGCAAAGCCUUUGGUUAGACAACUUCAGAAACUCCCCAAGAAAAUUAAGAAAAUCAUUGCGUCAUUACCUCAUCAAGAGGUGAAUGAGGAAGAAGCAUCCCUCUUUGACAUGCUCUGGUUAUUACUUGCAAGUGUUAUAUUUGUGCCAAUUUUUCAAAAAAUCCCUGGAGGCAGUCCUGUUCUUGGCUACUUGGCUGCUGGUAUUUUGAUUGGUCCGUAUGGUCUCUCAAUUAUUCGUCAUGUUCAUGGGACAAAAGCAAUAGCUGAAUUUGGAGUUGUGUUCCUUUUAUUCAAUAUUGGUCUGGAGCUCUCUGUUGAAAGGCUUAGCUCAAUGAAGAAAUAUGUCUUUGGAUUAGGCUCUGCACAGGUUUUGGCAACUGCUGUAGUUGUAGGCUUGGUGGCUCAUUAUAUUUGUGGCCAACCUGGACCUGCUGCUAUUGUCAUUGGGAACGGCCUUGCAUUAUCAUCCACCGCUGUUGUUCUGCAGGUGUUGCAGGAGAGAGGGGAGAGCACAUCACGGCAUGGACGGGCUACAUUUUCUGUUUUACUUUUUCAGGAUCUGGCUGUCGUGGUCUUGCUAAUACUCAUACCUCUUAUUUCACCUAAUUCUUCCAAAGGAGGGGUUGGUUUUCAAGCCAUUGCUGAAGCUCUUGGACUAGCUGCUGUUAAGGCAGCAGUUGCCAUCACUGCCAUAAUUGCAGGUGGACGAUUGCUCCUUCGACCAAUAUACAAGCAAGUUGCAGAAAAUCAAAAUGCAGAAAUAUUCUCGGCCAAUACACUCCUUGUUAUUCUCGGGACUAGUCUUCUUACAGCCAGGGCAGGGCUUUCCAUGGCAUUGGGAGCAUUUUUGGCUGGUUUACUACUGGCAGAAACUGAAUUUUCCUUACAGGUUGAAUCUGAUAUUGCUCCAUAUCGUGGCCUUCUUUUGGGGCUCUUCUUUAUGACGGUUGGAAUGUCAAUUGAUCCAAAACUUCUUGUUUCAAACUUCCCAGUCAUCACAGGGACACUGGGACUCUUAAUAUGCGGCAAGACUAUCUUGGUUUCUUUGAUGGGUAGAAUCUUUGGGAUUUCCCUCAUUUCUGCCAUUAGAGUUGGUCUUCUUCUUGCUCCCGGUGGAGAAUUUGCAUUUGUGGCUUUUGGUGAAGCUGUUAAUCAGGGUAUAAUGUCUUCCCAGAUGUCCUCUUUGCUGUUUCUUGUUGUCGGCAUUUCAAUGGCCAUCACGCCAUGGCUAGCUGCAGGAGGCCAGCUGAUUGCUUCCCGUUUUGAGCAGCAUGAUGUUAGAAGCUUAUUACCAGUAGAAAGUGAGACAGAUGAUCUGCAAGAUCAUAUCAUUAUUUGUGGAUUUGGACGAGUAGGCCAGAUCAUUGCCCAACUUCUUUCUGAGCGACUUAUUCCGUUUGUUGCACUAGACGUGAGGAGUGACAGAGUGGCAGUUGGGCGUGCCCUGGAUCUCCCCGUUUACUUUGGAGAUGCUGGUAGUCGAGAGGUCCUGCAUAAGGUUGGCGCUGAAAGGGCAUGUGCUGCAGCAAUAACUCUUGAUACACCUGGUGCAAAUUAUAGAACAGUUUGGGCUCUGAGCAAGUACUUCCCAAAUGUGAAGACCUUUGUUCGUGCUCAUGAUGUUGAUCAUGGAUUGAAUUUAGAAAAGGCUGGAGCUACUGCUGUUGUGCCAGAGACCUUGGAACCAAGUCUUCAACUAGCAGCUGCUGUGCUUUCUCAGGCUAAACUUCCUACAUCAGAGAUUGCAGCAACUAUAAAUGAAUUCAGAUCCCGACAUCUGGCUGAGCUCACAGAGCUGUGUGAAUUAAGUGGAAGUUCUCUUGGUUAUGGAUAUAAUAGAAUUAUGAGCAAACCCAAGUCUCAAUCCCCAGAUUCAUUAGAUGAGACGCAAAUCUCUGAAGGGACACUGGCAAUAUGAAGAUUACCCCAUCUGUAUACAGACUAGAAGGCAAAAGAAAACAAGAGUUAGGAAAAAAGAAAAUAAUUGUGAAAAAAUGUAUAGCAGAUUAUAAGUUCAAUUAAUAUGUACAGAAAUAUUGCCUAAUAGAACGAGAUGCAAUAGUUUUAUGUCAUUGUCAUCUUUUAUCUUUCGCCAGAAAAUUUUGGUUCCCAACCUUCGCAAAUUUCUGUUAACGAUGAUAUUCCCUUUUGCUGUU